AUGCUGCGAGAUAUCAGGAAUGGAAAAAUUCAACAAUUACGAAGUGAAAUCAAACACUCCCUGAAAUUUGUAGCUCCUGCUUUAGUGAACAUUUAUCAUAGAGAAACUUUGUACUUUAGAACUUUGUAUCAAAUGUUAAUAAUGUCGCAUUUUGCAAGAAUCUUUGCAAGUCCUACAGUUACGUAUCAAAGAGAAAAAGUUCAAAAACUAAUGACGAAACUAUCUCAGUCAGUAGUGUCGUAA